GGCAGGCUGCCUCCCAGGCCCGGAGGCUCCCCUGCUUCCCGGGAAUCAGGGCAAGGAGGCUGCCUCACGCCCACAGGGAGGACACUUCCUGCCUCCGCAAAGACGAGCCGUGAGGAGGCCUCUCUCACACAGCCGGACCCAGAGUGAAAACGCCUCCUGUCCCACCAGGGGCACCUGUUUUAGGGUUACUCGAAGUCUCCAGAUCCAGAAGGCGUGGAAGGAGGUUCUUCCCACCCCAAGAGACACGGGGUGGCAGCGCUUGGCACCCCGGCAGGCACACCAGAGCCUCCGGGCCGGGCCCAAAGCCCUGACAGGCACCUGAAAACAAAGGGACCAGGACCAGCCUCAUGGCUGCAGGGAGUCAAGACCUCCCACCGGAACCAGGAAGAUGGUUGGGGGCAGAGUCGCCGGUGGCCGGACUGUGCCAUGCUGUUCCGGACCCAAGGUGGCAGCUCUCGCUGCGGGGACACUGCUGCUCCUGACGGCCAUCGGGGCAGCAUCCUGGGCCAUUGUGACCUUUCUACUCAAGAGUGAUCAGGAGCCGCUGUAUCCGGAUCUACGUUCACACUCCACCUCCUUAACGAAGCUCUCUCUGUGCCCGCCUAUGGAAAAUGGCAGCUUCACCCCGCACGCCAUGCAGGUCAGCCCUGCCGACGCCCGGCUCAUGGUGUUCGACGACACGGAGGGCACGUGGCGGCUGCUGUGCUCCUCGCGCUCCAACGCCGGGGUGGCGGGCCUGGGCUGCGAGGACAUGGGCUUCCUCAGGGCCCUGAGCCACUCGGAGCUGGACGUGCGGACGGCGGGCGCCAACGGCACGUCGGGCUUCUUCUGCGUGGACGAGGGGAGGCUGCCGCUGGCCCGGAGGCUGCUCGAGGUCAUCUCCGUGUGUGACUGUCCCAGGGGCCGUUUCCUGGCUAUCGUCUGCCAAGAUUGUGGCCGUCGGAAGCUGCCUGUGGAUCGCAUCGUGGGAGGCCGAGACACCAGCCUGGGCAGGUGGCCGUGGCAAGUCAGUCUUCGCUACGAUGGAGCUCACCUCUGUGGAGGGUCCCUGCUCUCUGGAGACUGGGUGCUGACAGCUGCCCACUGCUUCCCUGAGCGGAACCGGGUCCUGUCCCGAUGGCGGGUGUUUGCCGGAGCUGUGGCCCAGGCCUCCCCCCAUGGCCUGCAGCUGGGGGUGCAGGCAGUGGUGUACCACGGGGGCUACCUCCCCUUUCGAGACCCCAACAGCGAGGAAAACAGCAAUGACAUCGCCCUGGUCCACCUGUCCAGCCCCCUGCCCCUCACGGAAUACAUCCAGCCCGUGUGCCUCCCGGCGGCCGGCCAGGCCCUGGUGGAUGGCAAGAUCUGUACCGUAACCGGCUGGGGCAACACACAGUACUACGGCCAACAGGCUGGGGUACUCCAGGAGGCCCGAGUCCCCAUAAUCAGCAACGAUGUCUGCAACGGCCCCGAUUUCUACGCGAACCAGAUCAAGCCCAAGAUGUUCUGUGCCGGUUACCCUGAGGGUGGCAUCGACGCCUGCCAGCCAGGCCUCCCCUUCCCCCACCAGGGUGACAGCGGUGGCCCCUUCGUGUGUGAGGAUAGCAUCUCUCGGACGCCACGUUGGCGGCUGUGUGGCAUCGUGAGCUGGGGCACCGGCUGUGCCCUGGCCCAGAAGCCAGGUGUCUACACCAAAGUCAGUGACUUCCGGGAGUGGAUCUUCCAGGCCAUAAAGACUCACUCCGAAGCCAGCGGCAUGGUGACCCAGCUCUGACCUGCGGCUUCUCCUUGAUGUGCAUGCUUCCAGGGCCCAAGUUCGCCUAGGUGGCUCCAGCCCCACCUGGUGGGGUUCACCCUGGGCCUGGAAUGGGACAUUUUUCUUCUUGGGCUGAGCCCACAGGUCCAAGGAUACCCUCCCUCCAGGCUCCUCUCUUCCACAGUGGCGGGCCCACUCAGCCCUGGGACCACCCGAGCCUCACCCUCCUGACCCCCAUGUAAAUAUUGUUCUGCCAGCUGGGGACCCCCAUCUAGGUGCCCCUGAUGACAGGAUGCUCUUUAAAUAAUAAAGAUGGUUUUGAUUAA